UCCUCCCCCUCCUCCUCCUCCUCCUGCUCCGGGUGAAAACUGAGAUAGUGAGGAAAAAGCGACGGGAGGAAAGCCCAUGGAGGGAGGAAGCUGGAUGUAUUAGCUAGUUCGCUGCUUGGUGGAACUUUUUUCGUUUUCCUUCUUUCGUUUUGACCUGCGCGAAUCAAAGUCCGCUCAAUGCGGCGACAUCCGGUGUGUGUUUCGCGUCUCGGGAAAACGUUGUAAAUAUCCCGAACGUUCCAACGGCCAACCGACAGUCUGACCGCGGACGGUUAGCACAACCCGACGAAAGUUAGCCCGCUCCGGCUAACUUAGCCCGUCUGAGCUAGCAAGUAAGGACAAAAACCAGGCUAGUUGGAGAGCGGGUGGGGGGAAAAAAGGGAGUAAAAGUCUAGAAAGUGGCGCUGCGGCGUGAAGUAACUCGUAAUGUUGCCUCUCGGGAUUAACUUCAGAUACGGAUGAGAAAGAAAUUGGCGAACAGCGAAGAACAACUGCGAGCCAGACGACCACUGCUAUGUUGGGGUUGAUUCACGGCUCUGGCAGCCCGCCUGAGUCCCGAGGUUGGCCACACUCGGUGCUGUGGAGGCUCGGGGGCUUCUUCUUCCUCCUGCUGCUGGAAGGGGCCGGCUGCCUGGCUAACAACCCCAGCAGCCCCGCAGGCGUCAACAACAACAACAACAACAACAGCCCGAGUGUCAACAUUUACAUGAGCGUGGAGGAGGUGAAGAAGCUUUUGGGCCUGGACGCAGAGCUGUACUAUGUGCGAGACAAUGUGGUGAAUCAUUACGCUCUCUCCUUCACCCUGCCUGUGCCCAGUGAGACCAACAGCCUCCACUUCACGUGGCAUUCUAAGACAAAGGUUGAAUACCGGCUUGGUUUCCAAAUGGAGAACCCUGUUGUCAUGGACCAACCACGGAGCAAUAUCUCCAGUCAGGGGGAGGUGCCCCAUGUUCCCUCUGUCUUUAGAGUGGACCUCUUCUGUUCCGGCAAGGUAGAUGGAGAGGCUGUUUUAACAGUGCAGCUAAAUCUGACCAUCCAUGCCAACAACUACACAGUGCUCAACUUCAAGAGGAGGAAAAUGUGCUAUAAAAGAAUAGAUGACCCAAAGAUUCCUAUCCCCAUCAACAAUAACACUGUUUCACGGCCUGAAUUAGACGGUGUGACCACCCCCACCACCUCCACCCAGGUGUUCUAUAUAAGCGUGAGCGUGUGCUGCAUUGUCAUCUUCCUUGUGGCCAUCAUCCUGGCCAUCCUGCACCUGCACAGCAUGAAGAGAGUGGAGAUGGAGGACAGUGUGAGUGACAGCGGGAGCUCGCAGGGUCUGUCUCAGCCGUCCACUCAGACUACACAGUACCUGAGGGCUGACACUCCAAACAACGCAGCUCCUGUCACCAACAAUCACCCUGGUUCUGCACCCAUACUCCAGCUUGCUGCCUCCUCCUUCCAAAACCCUGGUGCUCCCCCUCAUGAAACCAAAAGUUACCCGUCUCUCCGCAUAGAGAAGAAUGACCUGAGGAGUGUUACUCUAAUGGAGGCCAAAGCUAAAGUGAAAGACAUUGCUAUUUCAAGGGAGAGAGUCACACUACGGGAUGUCUUGCAUGAAGGCACAUUUGGCCGCAUCUUCCACGGUGUGCUGCUGGACGAAAAGGACCCCAGUAAGGAAAAGCAGGUCUUCGUGAAGACGGUGAAAGAUCAUGCGUCUGAGGUUCAGGUGACCAUGAUGUUGACUGAAAGUUGCAAGCUCCGUGGACUUCAUCAUAGAAAUCUGUUGCCAAUCAGUCAUGUGUGUACGGAGGACGGAGAGAAGCCCAUGGUGCUGUUGCCGUUCAUGGCUUGGGGAAAUCUCAAGCUCUUCCUGCGGCAGUGCAAGCUAGCUGAGGCUAACAACCCACAGGCGAUCUCUCAACAAGACUUGGUGUACAUGGCCAUUCAAAUUGCCUGUGGAAUGAGCUACCUGUCUCGCAGGGAGGUCAUACACAAAGACCUUGCCGCCAGGAACUGCGUAAUUGACGACAACAUGCAAGUGAAGAUCACAGACAAUGCCCUUGCCCGAGACCUAUUUCCCAUGGAUUACCACUGUCUGGGGGAUAAUGAGAACCGGCCCGUCCGUUGGAUGGCUCUGGAGAGCUUGCUCAACAACGACUUCUCUAGUGCGAGUGACGUGUGGGCCUUCGGAGUCACUCUGUGGGAGCUGAUGACACUGGGUCAGACCCCCUACGUCGACAUCGACCCCUUCGAGAUGUCGGCGUACCUGAAGGAUGGGUACAGAAUAGCACAACCAAUCAACUGUCCAGAUGAACUGUUUGCAGUGAUGGCUUGUUGCUGGGCCCUGGACCCCGAGGAGAGGCCUAAGUUCCAGCAGCUCGUCCAGUGUCUCACAGAGUUCCACGCAGCGUUGGGCGCUUACGUGUGAAAACAAGCUCUUUAUUUUAUUUUUAUUUUUUUACCCCCAAGAACAGCAACACUAAAAGCUGCUGGUGGACACUAUUCAUAAGGAGUACAUGUAUGAAAAUGUGCCUUAUCGGAUGAAAGAGCAGACUUCAGCCUGAUGAUUUGAUUUUGUACAGUUCUUUUGGAGUUUUUAUAUAGUUGAAUUACCUUUUUACAGCAUAGCAAAGUAAAAGGAGUCUUUGUUGAAUAUUGUUUCAUGUGCUUUGAACGCGAAUAGCAAUUACGGUGCUCUUCUCCAGCCAAGAGGACGGAAACUAUUGAAAGAUGUCUUCAUCCGUACAGCAACAUUUACAGACCUUUAUGUGCCAUCGGACAAAUGUUUUAACCAUCUGACAACCUGGUUUUAAAGACAGUAUUUUCUACAGUUUUGUAACUUAGACAAACAGUUUAUACUGCUGUGGAUGGAUGUGUAUCUCUACAGCAGAAUGAUUUAGGUACCGAAGUAGAUUUAAGGGCUUCAUUUAAGUAUGCAACUAAACUCGACAACUCUGCUACAGUCAGCUCCAGCUUGGUACGAGAAGCCUCUUGGAACAGAUUUGUGUUUAUUGAGAUGAUUUCUGCAACCUUAACAGUACGACUGGUACAGUGUUUCCUCUGGAUGACACGAAGAACUGUUUCCUUUUCUUCAUGGAGCAAACGAAUGGAUGCCACAGCACCACAAAGCUACACGUAUGAACUUUUAAACAUCCAGAGGGAAUUUUGGACACUAUUAUUAUUUGAUGCCACCGCCUUUUUACUCUUGUGUACAUUAUAUUUCCACUAUCUCAAACUCCAAACAGAAUUAUCAUUGUCUCUAUUGUAUAAGCUUGAUUGUUCUGUGUCAGAACACAGCCCAUCACAGGAUUUUUUUGACUGAUAUUUUUUUUUUUGUGAGUAACUAGAACACUAAUAAUCACUGUGAACAUGCAAAACUGCCAAUCAUCUUGGUCCUAAUCUUAUUCUCACACCGUUAACAUCUUUGUCAUGUGUCUUUAUGGUCACUGCAUGUUGAAUUAAGAUUGUAAACUGCUUCCCGAGUUCGUAUCCACAAAAUUAAAUGGGAUCUUUUAAAUAUA